AUGGUCGUGGAAUUGCCGUGUCAAGAGAGAUACAUUGACACCAUAGAUUUUUCGUCCGAUGCUUCAAUUUUCCUCAUUGGUUCACAAGAUGGGAAAAUAUCUUUAUUUAAAUUAUCAGACUUCAGCGAGGAGUCUCUUCAACCCUAUCAUGAAUGGUUCCCUCACGGGUCCUCCGAGCUGAGUGCUUCCCACGUAGUUGAUUUUAAAACUGCCGCCUCUCCCUCUGGUUAUCUUAUCAGCGGGACACACUUUAAUAGUGAAUUGUGCCUCUGGCGGCUUCACGACUACAGCCUAGUGCAGUCUAUUCGAUUUCGUCCAACCGACGAACAGAACCAAAGCGAUACACAAAAAGCCCAACCCUCUCUUCUGAUCACUUGCUUUGACAGGACAAAUAACCUGCUGUUCGCUAGUGAUAUUAAGCGAACAGUUCUGUACGUGCUGCAUCUGGCUCGCAAUCCAGAGCGGGAUGACGAGGUGAUGUUCCGGUGUGUGAGCGAGUUUCUCCUCGUCAAUCCCUGCAUCGCCUUCGAUGUCAGUCGGGUCUCGCGGACCCUCUCCCUUAGCCUUCCAAUCGUCGAUUGUGAGUCUCUUGACGCCGAUAACAUCGAAGUCCUCCUAGCUGCCAUCUAUCCGGGAGAAUUGCAAAUUGGGAAGCUGCGUUUCUCCGUUCCCAUGAGCACGUACCUGAACAACGCAGAGGAUGCGCUAGCAGAACCGGUUGGUUGUGGGGACGAACCCAGCGUCGUCAGUGCGUCCACUCCGACCCCCACGACAGAAGUGACCCCACUCCCCACGGAUCUCGCUAAUCCGGAGUCCGACCACUGCCCUUCUCCAGUUUUACCCGAAUACGAUGUAAUUCCUAUAGCAGGCAAGGAGACUGACUCUCCAAACGACACCUCUCCAUUUCCGCCAUCGGAGAUGUCUGACGCGGUGCCUAAGAUCUUGGAAAUCUCGACUACAUUGCCAGGGUCAGAGAACUCGUCUUCAUCGGAUUCAGCUACUCCACAAGGCCAUUCCGAAAACGAGGCGGAUGUCGCACAUCCGCGUCCCCACUCGAAUUUGUCCACCAGCGUCUGCUCUGACGCCACUGCGCCACCGCCUCCACCGCGGUCGCUUCUGUCGAUGCACAAGAAGGCCUCGGAUUCGGUGCCCAACAACAUGGAUUCGGCAAGUCGUCGAUCUCCCUCUCCCAACUCCUCGGAAGUCUGCCUUCCCACUGGUAAUCGGGGCGAUCAAAACGACGAUGAACAGUUUCUAGGAGUUGGUAGAAGACAGGGCGAGUUGUCAGAUUCGGUUCGCAGUCUUGCUGGAAGCAGCAGUUCCUCCAGUCUGGAACCAUCCAAUUCCGGUAAUCAGCCCAUGUCUCGUUAUGUUGUGUUAGACGGCAGGGCCUUGCGAAAAUCCAAGAACCCGAAAUUGGCCGGAGACGUGCCUGAGUCCAACCGCAGCUCGCGCCUCGCCUCGUCCGCCUCCGCCCUCAACCUCGGGCGUUUCGAUGCCUCCGGUAGUGGGGGUCCAAAACUCGACUUCUCGCGACCCCUUUUGCCCUCCAUGAUUCCUCUCCCGGGCUUUUUAGCCGAGAUCGAGGAGUCGAAUAGGAAAGUUGAAAAACUCAUUAAGAACAUGGAGGCCAUUGACGCUGAAUUAAAGGCCUAUGCCAAAGCCCUCACCACCCUCUUGCGUAAUGUGCAAGAAAAUAAGAGCCAAUUGAAGAUGCUGGCUGAAGGGCAAGACAUCAUCGCCAAUCAGGUAAAUCACUUGGUGAAUUCGACUUCACCUCCGUCUGCAGUGAACCCCCCUGCUUCCACCGCUGCUGCUGCUCUUGCUGCAGCACCCUUAAGCCCUUCGAUCUUCACCACCCCGAUUACGGACGAAAAACCAGGAAAGUGUCGUUCGAAACUCUUCCUCGUGGUACUCGUUCACCUCGAAUUGAGUGCUUUUUAUUUUAAAGCGAAAGUCGAAAUAGUGAAGCGUCUCUCUGAGUUGGAAGGCGUCUUGAAGUCCAUUAAUAUAUCUGGUCAUUUCACCGGCACAACUGGCGCGUCCUCAGCGGCUAAGACGGACGCUGGAUUGGACAGCAAACAGUUGAAGGCCUACCAGGAUCAGACUCGUGGGAUGCUUCGCACGGAGUUGCAAAACGUCUUCCGUACCAACACGGCAAAGAUAGUUGACCCUCUUCGUCAAAGCGUCACACGAAGCGUGGAGGAAGCCAUGAAGCCGAUACCGAAAAUGGUCGCGGAUCAGAUUGCUCGAGUCAUCAACGACCCGAAUUUCCUCCAAUACCUCUCCGGAACCAUGGGCGCGGUAAUCACACCGAGCAUGGCGAACGCCUACCGAGAGGAGCUGAAGUCCGUUCUUGCUCCCGCAUUUACCGACUCCAUAGAAAAGCUCGUUCGAGACACUGACGCUCUUAUACGGAGUGGCUUCAAUCGACAUUUGCAAAUGGUCACAUCGAAGGUCGACAGUGGUGUGCAGUCGUCGCGGGACAAGACGGAGGCGGCCAUGCGCAAACUCGAUGAAGCCGUCGACAAAGUAACGAGGGAGUUCACCGUGAGUUCACUCGCCUCAACACCUAUUCCCACUGCUGCCCUGCAAGUCACAUUGGCAAAGAAGAUGAAUGAGGCUGCUCAACGGUUUCAGCAGCUUCUGCAGGCGCAGCAAAAGGCACCGCCAGCAGCGGCAGCAGCAGUGACUUCCAAGGAGACUCUAGGUAAGGGUCCAAAAGGGACCAAUAAACAGCAAGCCGCUGCUGCCGUCGCCACCGCCCCCACAACAUUAAUCACUUCAAAACUGCAACCUUUAAGCCCGGACGCCUUGGAGUCUUAUCGGAAUGCCACCGAUUACAUCCAGAAAAACCAGUACACAAAGGCUCUCGAGACGGCUCUGACAUCGACUAACCAGACGGUGCUCCUGCUGGUGCUUCAGGACUUGCCGGUCGUUCAACUCUUUCAACAGGGUGUUGGCCAGGACCUCCUGCUGUCCCUGAUUCAUCAGCUAAGCUGCGGUAAUCUACAGGACCAGCUGGAAUUGAAGAUUUCAUUUCUGCAAGAGGCUGUAAACCACCUGCGGGUGCACGAUUCAACAGUUGUUGAGUUCGGCGGCAACAUCUUGUCGAUGUUGGUCUCGAAGAUUUCUGCUCUUCGAUCCGGUCUUCAGCUUUCGCCGGCAGAGGAAAAUCGUGCUGCCGCGCUCUUGAGGUCUGUCUUGAACGUGCAGGUCUCACUCCCGAUGAAGCAAGCUUGA